GUGCUCGUAAAUAACUAGACCAUUCACCAUGCAAAGUAGCAGCUACUUCCUUCAUCUCUUCGUCGCCGUGGCUCUCGCUGGCGCCGCCACCAUGCACGUCUCUGCCCCGGUGGCGUUGCCGCUGGGGUCGCUCCGCCUCGAAGGGCGCCUGAGCUUCGACGAGUCCGACUUGUCCUCCGCCUCGCGGGACUUCGGUAACCGGGGCCGCCUGCUCCCCGCGGUGGUGGUGCGCCCCGCGUCGGCCGCCGACGUGGCCGCAACCGUGCGGCACGUGUUCCGGCAAGGCGGAGGGCGGUCCGGGACGCUAACCGUGGCGGCGCGCGGCCACGGGCACUCGCUGCACGGCCAGGCGCAGGCAGCCGGCGGCGUCGUCCUGAGCAUGGAGUCGCUCGCCGCCGGCGGCGGGAUGACGCCGGCGGUGGUGUGGCCCGGGGCCGAGGCGUACGUGGAUGCUUCUGGCGGAGCGCUGUGGAUUGACGUGCUGCGGGAGAGCUUGAAGCAGGGGAUGGCGCCCAAGUCGUGGACGGACUACCUCCACCUCACCGUCGGCGGAACGCUGUCGAACGCUGGCGUCAGCGGCCAGGCCUUCCGGCACGGCCCCCAGAUCAGCAACGUCCUCCAGCUCGAGGUCGUCACAGGCCAAGGCGAGGUGAUGAACUGCUCCGACAAAGAGAAUGCAGAUCUAUUCCAUGCUGUUCUUGGCGGUCUCGGCCAGUUUGGAAUCAUCACCAGAGCUCGGAUCGCACUCGAGCCAGCACCGAAGAUGGUGAAGUGGACAAGAGUUCUGUACUCUGAUUUCAGAAGCUUCAUGGAGGACCAGGAGAUGCUGACGUCGUCGAUGGAGAGCUUCGACUACGUCGAGGGGUUCGUGAUAAUAAACAGAACAGGAAUUCUCAACAGCUGGAGAUCAUCAUUCGACCCACAAGAUCCUGUUCGAGCCAGCAAAUUUGAUUCAGGUGGCAGGGUUUUGUUUUGCCUUGAGAUGGCCACGAACUUCAACCGAGAGGAAGUUGAAUCCAAGAACAAGCAAGUUGAGAGACUCUUGUCUAAGUUGAGGUACAUUCCGUCGACACUCUUCCAAUCGGAGGUCUCCUACUUGGAGUUCUUGGAUCGAGUUCAUGUCUCCGAGCUGAAGCUGCGGUCGGUAGGCUUGUGGGAGAUCCCCCAUCCAUGGCUUAACCUCUUCGUGCCAAGAAGCAGAAUCCAUGAUUUUGCCAGGGAAGUUUUUGGCAAAAUUCUCAAAGACAACAGCAAUGGCCCCAUUCUGCUCUACCCACUCAACAGAAUAAAGUGGGACAACAGAACAUCUGCAGUGAUUCCGGAUGAAGAAAUCUUCUACUUGGUGGCAUUUCUGUCUUCUGCUCCAUCUCAAAGCAGCUUGGAACAAGCCCUGAAGCUGAACAAUGAGGUGUUGGAAUUCUGUAACAGGGCAGGAAUCAGAAUGAAGCAAUACUUGCCACACUACACCACGCAAGAGGAGUGGAGAGCCCACUUUGGAGACCAAUGGGACAGGUUUUCUCAGAGGAAGGAGAUUUAUGACCCUUUGAACAUUCUUGCACCAGGACAGAGAAUUUUUCACAAGGCAGGCGCUCGGUUUUCGUCAUCCACAUGGCAGUAAGAUUUUUGUGCAGGAGAACUGCUCAAGAAUAGUGAAUCCAUAUACAAAGUCAGCAACAAGAGAAAGAAAAAGGAAAAAAAAAUUAUGAAAAAUGAGGAAAUUGACUAAUGAGGGUAGACUAAUGGACCUUGAUGAUAUUAGAUGACAGAAAAUGACGCUUUUACAAAGAAAAAAACAUCAUGUGAAGCAUGAGUUUGCUAGAAAAGAAUAAUUAAGAGAUCAUGUUUUGCAAAGGCAAAAGGAAAAAUGAUGUAUAUUUUUUUUAUAGAGAAAAUAGAUUGAGAAAAAUUAUAUAGUU